AUGGCCAACGAGGCAGGAGCCAUCAUCGACGUCGCGAGCACGACCCAGCAUUUAGACGUAUGGGUAGACGAGGAUGACCGAGUCAUGUUGGUGCAAGACGUCACCCGGGCAGAUAACGUAAAGGACACCUGGGCUGGUGGAGAGCAUGGCGCUAUCUUGCUCGAUGACGGCGAUUAUCUCGACACGAACGACAUGACUCCAGAUGAAAUAGCUGCAUGGGCCACGCACAUGGAUUCUGAGAGUACGGCAUCCAUCAACGCUCCUUCGGAAGCCAGGCUCGCUGCAGUGCGGGCAGAAGUGCUGCGAGCUCUGGCCAAGACAACUCAUGGGGUCAGGGAGUUCCUAGAAGAGACUGAGUACGACCUGGAGUACGGACAGGAUAGCUUCAACAUGCCCGAGCUAUUCCAAUCAUUCAAGAAGGAAGAGGCGAGGCGAAGCGGCAUGGUAGAGUCCCAUAUGGUCUCACCGUCAGGAUAUGCGACCUCCCAGUUGCAUCUGCAGCUACACUACGCAACGUUCACAACAAAGCAUCCCAACGACGGUCAGAUGCUAGACGCGACCAACUGUUGCAUCCGAAUCCUCAUCGAGAAGGGCUUCGUGGCGACCAACACCUAUUGGUUUGAAGCGUACUUCCGCCGUCUGAGCGCGGCGUCCGUACGUCACCUCGCGAAUGUUGCCGACGGGUAG